AUGCCAGCAAACUACCCUUCAGAUGAAGAGUUGGUUCAAAUGACAACAAUUCAACUUCGGAAUCUUCUUGAAAAACAGGUCAUUUCUCAAGAACAGCAUCGUGAACUUCGUACCCGACGUCGACGUUUGCAAAAUCGCAAAUACGCUCGUCGUUGCGCCAAAAAGAAGCAAACUGAAUCCUUGCGGCAACAGCUUUCGAGAUUGACCACGUCUGUGGACAGAAUCGACCGUCAGAUUGAGAACUUGGCAAAGCUUCGUAUCUCCAUGUCGGAGGCCCCAUUUUCCCUUCGAAUGCUUGCCUCAGACGGCACCGAGCUCGGGCUGGCCCAUUUCAUUUGCCGAGGGACCGCAGCCUCUAUGUCGCUGUUUGGGGAGGGCGAAAGUCCUAGGCGGUCAGCAUCGCGUGGUUUUUGCAGCCCACAAUCGCCCUCGCCACGAACACCCUGUCUGUCUGACACAACUCUAGUUCUCGUACCCCCAGCCGGCGGUGGAGUCAAACAUUUCGUUCGGAGUACUAUGUCUGGCUAA